AUGAGCCAGUUGAAGAUACGGGAGGACCUCAGCGUGAAGGCCGACACGCUGGGGGACCGGCUCGUCCGGCUGGAGGGCGAGCACAGCAGCCUGCGGAUACCAGAGAAGUACGCGUCCGAGGUUGUCCGCCUGAAGGAGGAGACCGCACAGAGCCCCACCGAGAAAAAGGGGGAGGAAACGCCCGAGGCCGAGGGCGAGGACGGUGGCCUGGACUCCGAGAUGUGCCAGGAGCAAGAACAGGAGCAGGAGCAGGAGGCGCCGCCGUGUAAGCUGGAACCCAAAUUCUCCUACUCGGACCUGCCGAAUCAGAGGCAGUGGGACGCCACAAACCUGCAACAGUUCGUCAGAAAUGGGAAGGAUACUUUCCAGUUAGCCAUCUGGAAGCCGCAGAAGGGGGAGGAUGCCCUACGGUUGCCCGCGGACCUCCGGAUGACCACCAACUACGCCACCAGGGGGGUGCCGCCCGACGGGUCCAAGACGAAGAAGAGGCGCCUGCCCAACGCCUCCGUGCUCCUGUAUGUGCGCAACGGCGCCAACAAUGCGUGGGUCCUCAUGACCCUAGCCGAGGCCGAGAGCACCCGCCGCCUGCUGGACCUCGACCCCUCGAGUAGGGCCCAUGCCGGCCUGAUCUCUUCGCUUGGACACUGGCUCACCCUGUGGCCUGAGGGCGCCGCGGACCCAGGCUUCGUCGGGAAGUCGGUGUCCCACGACCUCCCGCCGGUCGACCGCACGUCGUCGGAGCAGGAGGCCGCGGCCUGGGCACCGCUGGCGCUCACGCGUUUCUUCAACGCGGAGUCGAACUUCAGCAGUCGCCAGAUCAUCUCAAUCCUGAAGUGCUUAGAGGGGACCAGCUUCGAGCAGCGCUCCAAGUGGCUGACGGCGGUCGCGGACGGCCGAUGGCGCGAGAUCCCGGACAUCACCAAGGAGAUUUCGGUGAAACAGGUACUGUACCGCCGCCCCAAGGAGGGCCCAGCCGAGAUGCAGCAGACGCACGAAGUCAUGAUCAGGCUGCGGAAAGCGGUUGCAAAAUACUACCCUCAUGAAAAAGAUAGCAAUGGUGUCUUGAAGGCGAUUGUUCAGCAGUUCGACAAGAGAAAACCUAAGAAUGGAAAGCUAGACCGCGUCGAGCUGGAGAAGUUUGUCAAGGAGAUGGACGACUUCAGCGGUCUGCGCGCGGAGUGA